CCGAGUACCAACAGCAGCUCCCCCUGAGAAAAGUCAAAGCCAACGCCCCGCUGUCAGCUCCUCAGCCCGGCCCUCCCUCCUCACACACACACACACACACACACACACAGAGCACAGUGACUUUCUCCGGAGCUGCUGCGGUCGACGUUUAGCUCCACCAGAGUCAGUUUCACCCGGACUUUUCAUCGGAGACGGUGAUUCAUCCGCCUGAGGAGAAGGGGGAAACCAGCUAACGCUCAGCGGCGGAACAACGGUCGACACCGGGACUCUUUUUUUGUCGCUCCGGACAAGUUUUGUUUAUUCAAAACGCUGCUAGUCGGUUUCUGGCGAUAAGGCUCCAGCAGAAACACACUGUCGGUAAAUAAUAAGUUACUUGUUACAGGAUGGCUGAUACAACCGCGACCAGCGCCGGAGCCAGCUGCAUGGAGAACAUGAAAAGUUACGUGAGGACUCAAAAAGGGCUCAUCCUGGCGGCAGAAAUAUUCAUCAGUCUUAUCGUCUUGAUCUGCUAUGCUGCAUCUCACUUUGGAGGCUACUCUGCCGUGGCCAUCAUCGAGAUGAUCCUCGCCAUGAUCUUCUUCGGCAUCUUCAUGAUGGAGUUUGACAAGCAGAUACAGUUGGUCAACUGGGUUUGGACCGAUCUUUUUCGUGCUGGUAUUGGUGCAGGACUUUACAUCAUCACUUCUCUGAUCUGUGUGAUUAGAGGGAGCGGGGACGGCGCUCUUAUCGCAGGCGGGGUUUUUGGUUUGAUCGCUGGUCUGCUGUUUGCCUAUGACACUUACACCAUCUUCCUGCAAAUCAAGAGCACCAGGCAGCACACGGCAGCUUCCACCGAUGACCGAGUUUAAACACUCCAAGACGCAUGCACCUCUGCCAAGAACACAGCAGCAGAAGGACAAAGAGGAAUUUGUGCAGAAGUUAACGGAAGAGUGGAUCGGAGAGGACGAUGGACAGUAAAAUGAACAGGUCACAGUUUAAUCAAUGCCACUGUAUGGUGUGUACAGUUGAGAGAUUUAUUUUAGGGACGUGCUUGAGAGGAGGAUGACGUAACCAAAGUGAGAGGUACUCUUCAUCUGUGCCUGCAUGUCAAGACAAAGUCGUGUCCACUAGGGGUCUAACGGUACGUGUAUUUGUCCUAAACCGUUUGGUACAGGAAGUUCGGUUCAGUGUGUGUCUUCCUCGGUUCUGUACUCCGUAUGACUCAAACAAUUACUGUCAAAAUAGUCUGUUUAUGUCCACUAAAUCCUGGAAUUUUAGCCAGAAAGUUGGUGGUGCAUCAGUUGUUGUCUAUUAGCUGCAGCAUGCUAGUAAGUUUAGCCUGGUUACUCAGGUUUGUGUCAAAAUGUAUGCGGACGUUGGUCAAAGAUAGUCCUUCGCCUCACAGCGUUCAGGCAGCUUCUCAUUGCAGUUUUGGAAAAACCAAAGAAAAACGAAAUUAAAACCAAAUUAAUUGUCAAAGUGCUUGAGCCCUGCUACAACGCGCCUUCAUGUGUGCAGUCAGUCCUUGUGCCUGUCACGUAUAAAUGAGCUGCAGUUUAGGAAUUAUCAACAGGUGAGAGUCUAACAAUGGAGCGUUAUUGAUAUUUGUCUCUGUGCCUCUGUGAGUUCACCCGAGACAAGACACGGGCACGACAGUCCGCUAACGUGGCCAUCUGUUCUCGGUGUGAGGCAGUCAUCUGACGUCCUGCUUGCUACUGCACUUAAAGGCAAAGUAUGAUUAGCCAACAAGCACCAGUUGUGCUAAAUAACUCACCGGGCACUGCCCUCAUGAGCCAGCCUCACAUCGGAUGGCUCCCCACCAUGGUAAUGCCUGUGGGCAAUGGGCACAAAGGCGCUCUUGGGAGGACCUGUUGGUUAACUAACAGGCAUUCAGGGCAAGACCAAGCAUCACCGUCUGGGGAAUAAAAAUGAUGCAACAAUGCUCAGUUCAUAGUAAUUUAUUUUUGUCAUUAAUUCUUUCUUACUGACAUUAUGUCAGUAUGUGAGUGCCUUAAAGGUGGUAUAUAGGACAUUCAUUCAUUCUGGGCUGAGACUGCCUCCACACGUCUCUCACAUCUGACUUCACAAGCGAACAUGAAGGGCACCGAGCCGCAAUGAUGGUGGGAAGCAGUUAAUAUAAUGCUAACGGUGCUUACAACGGCAACCCUGCUGACAGAGCUAACAUGUGGGCUACACUGCAUGUGUGAGCAGAGUGUGGCGGCGACCUCAUCAAACUGCUGCGUCUGGUAUGUUUGUGGUGUUCACACAUACGCGUUGUUGCUGCAACACUGCUGCGGUGCUGCCUGCUGCUAUAAUGACUGUAUUCACAGAACUUAAAGAAAAUACUCCUCACCGAGUAAGUCGUCGCACCGCCAACAACACGGUUAUGCAAAUAUUUCACAGUGAAAAGCCUUGUGUUAACAACUGAAGGUAUUCUCUUGAGAGAAAUGGAAACAGGAAAGGCUGAGCAGCGCUGCUCAUGCAUGCAGUGUGGCUGCUCCAACCUGUUGACACGGGGGCUACAAUUUUUGAAAAAAAAAUCAGGUUUCGUGCUGUUUACACAGGCAGUGUGGCCCGGGUGUAACAGUGUUAACCUGGGAGGGAACUGGAGAGUGGCCUUCAUGCUCCUGUGUGGCUGUCGACCCACCAUUGGAUGGCAUUAUCGUCUGUAACCUCCAUAUGAGCGCAGCGCAGAGUGGCAGCGAUUAGGUAGCCGGUGCAACUCAAGCUAUCCCGACUACCGUUACAAAGAACAAAGAAACUCUGAUUACAUCACACACAGACGGCGCAUGACUUCAUUCUCUGCUCAGGACGCCAUUACUCCACUACAUUUUUACAAAGAAAAUAUUUUGUUGCCAUAUUAACGUUCUGAAUGUCCUAUAUAGCACCUUUAACUGUUUCAUUUGAGAGUAUGGCCAAUAAGCCUCAAUUGAAUGUUUACAUUUUCAAAAUACUUGAUAACAGAUUUUUUUUGGUUUUUCCUCCUGUAAUGAAAAUGUACCGAACAGUGACCCCAAAACGAAGGCACACACCAAACCACGAUUUUUGUGUACCGUUACACCUCUAGUGUCGUUGACUAUUUGAGGAAUUCCCCUCACAAACCUUCACUCCAACCUCAAUGUACCACUGAUUAAAAAGGGAAAACUGUAAAUAAAAGGCAAUGGUUGUCAUCAUGCAGCUUGUCUAAUACACGUCUACUGUUAAUGGACUGCUAUAGUAAGAAGUAACUGUGUCAUUUGGACAUUAGAAGUAACUGACACAUGAAUGGGUAGUUUAGGGAUGUUUAACAUCAUAAUUAUGCACUUGUUGAGUGAGCUUCCUGUAUUUCCAGAGAGGUUUCUCAGCUGGACACACAUUUCCUCCUCUGUUAUUUAAUCAUUCUUUAUAGAGUGCUCCCUGUGUGUUACAGUGCCUUAAAGUCACGUUCACAUUAACCAGUCUUGAAGCCUGAACAUUUAAAGUGGUAGUCUGUCAUUUAUCACCAUUCUUUUUGCUGUUUUUGUACUAAUUAGAGUUUAGUCUGCACCGUUAGAAACAGCAGACCACAUGUUCAUCAUUUGAAUUAGUGUCAUCAUCCAGUCUCACCUCAUCUACUGAUUCUUGCUCAGGUUGUUUUCAUUUUCUUGCAUUUGUAAAACAUUUUUAAGGUGCUGAUUAUUUUUCUGUUGAUAUUUUAUACAGUCCACAAGUACAGCCCAUUUUUUUUUUCAUGGAUUUUUUUAAAAGGCAGAUAGAAAAAGAAAAGUCUGAAUUUUAUCAUGUGAAAAUCACAAUUUUAAUAUUUUCUGAACCUGUUUCCUCUACCCUUUGGGGUUUUAUUUGUCCAAGUAAAACAUUGCUUUAUUAUUUUUUUUUCUAACAUGCUUUACAAGAGUCUGCAGUUUGUAAUUUCAAAGUUCAAAGCAGCCUUGCUUUGGGAAAUAAAAGCCAUUGUUACUACAAA